CGGAAACAAAACAACAGAAGGGCAAUGUAAAAGCAGCCGGAAAUCCUGGCCAAAGUCACAGUGCUGUCAAGACUUCCGAAAAAAUGCUCCGUGAAAACAGAUGGAAUAGUGGCUUGGAUAGGGGGGGGAGGAGUGUGUAAAAAUCCACGCCCACUCCCAAGGAUAAAUAGGCCUGGUGGUGUUCAACCAAAUGAAUGGAUGUCCGAGAUGGCUGUGGUCAACGCACAACUCAGUGAGCUCAUCAGGAGCCUACGGAAGAAAGGCUGGACGAUUAGCUCUAUUUCCAAACAUCUGGCCAUGACUGGCAUAAGACCUUCCUUGCGGACUAUCCGGCGUCAUUGCCGACGUGUUGUUGCAGAGAAGAAAGGACGACAGCCGCGUAAAGUGACAAUUCAGGUGAUGGAAAUGAUAGACAGCAUCCUGAGAACAGAUAAUGAACUACCAGCAAGAAAAGUCAAAGCGCUGCUCCAAAGAAGGCACAACAUAAGAAUUUGUUUAAACUCGGUGAGAAAGGCAAUCCACAAUCUUGGCUGGUACUUCGAGGAGUCCAGAUUCGUAAUGACCCGGGAAAAAAACAGAGAGUUGCGUCUAAUCGAAGCAGAUCUUACAGCGGAACAAGCUCAAGUAGCUCAACUGCUUGCUGAGAACGCACAAUUGAAGGCUGACCUGUCUGCCGACAGAGCGGAGGCCAACGUCCUCCGACACGAGAUUCAGAGGCUGAGAAAGAACAGUCAGAGGGGAUUGCUCAUGCAAGAGAUGAGAGCUGAGAUAGGAGAACUGCGUUCGGCUCAACGUAUGAGACCAAUCCCCAGACGAGCCUCAGCACCUGCACCAGAAUUAGAUUCUUCAAUGGAGACACUUGGCCCUCCCCUCAAUGACAGCAGUCCAAUUCCUAAUCAGUGGGCAGACGUGAGCUUGCGUGAUUUUGGACCAGAGGACCACGCUAGACUCCACCAAGAGAGCUACGGCCAAGUGGGCAGAUAUGGAUGCCUGCUCUUCAGGCACAUUAUCUCGGAGGAGAACUACCAGGCAUGGAGCAAAACAACAAACUGGGAUGGUUCUAGAAAUAAACGAGCACUGCCUCAAAAUGUCACUAGCUUCGUGGUUGCCACACUGAAGCGACACUUCCCUGGCAUGGAUAGGAGCGGACUGAAGGAUUGCAUUUAUAAGAUCAACGAAUUCCUGCGUACAACACGCAAGAAACCCCGAGCAACGUAUGUUCUGCAGAACAAUGUAGCAGAGAGGAUUAAAGAAGAGGAUCUUUGACUGUACUGUAACUUACUACACUGUAUACAUUUGCAAUUACUGUAACAAUACAGUUCAUUACAUUAAUAAUAAAAAAAAUCUUCUCAUAAGUACCUUUCUGACU